CAUUGCGCUAAACAUGUAAAAAGGACAUCGUGCGUUGAUAUUUCGGGGUAGGCCUAGUCCCAAUUUUCUGAAGUUUCCCAGCAAUGGCUACGUCAAGUAAUGAAAAGAACUUGGUAGACGAAUUGGAAUCUGCCUUUCAGGGAUGCUUCUCGACCUUGAUAGCCCAAGACCACCUCAAUGUCGUCGAUUCCCAAGAAACUAGAACAACCGUAGAGCAUGGAAUCCAGCGAUUCUUGGACGUAGCCAAGGAGCUGGAGAGCUACUUCCUGCAGAGGCAGCAGAUGCUGUCUGUCACCAGGCCUGAACUGCCUGUCGUAGAGGAGAUCGAAGAGCUGAAGCAAGAGCUCCAACGCAAGGAGGCACUCCUCCAACAGCAGCAGGUCAACAUCCAGAAGUGGCUGGCCAUGCUGCAGCAGUCGGACGGCAGCGUUCCGCCCUCGGCCCAACAGCAGCAACAACAGCAGCAGCAGGCAGUGCAGCAGUCGCCCCGGCAGAUGGGGCCCCGGGGCGUGGCAUUCCCUCCCCACCAGCCGCCGGUACCGCUCAGCGGACCCCUGGCCCACCUGGAGCAAGCUGCGUCCAGCAUCGGAGGGAGCUUCGAUCGUAGGUGAUAUGACGUCCCCAUCGCCGGUGAUGCCUUCGUCCCCCCUGCGCUGCCAAGUUGAACUUUGAAAUGGAGCCAGAACCUGUUUAUGCCAGAGUGUUUGUGUUUCUGUGACCAUUUCAUGUAGAGCAUGGUAACACGUUCCAGCAGUGUAUGCCCAUGGCAGCAGGUGACGGGUUGAGCCAUGAAAAUUUCCAUUCCCUUUGUAUAUGCGCAUGCAAGUGUGGGUACCUUCCGUCAUCAGAUGUCCAGUUGGCCUCCUAUGUCUUGACUUUUUUCAGAGUUCCCAUAGGAUUUGCACUCGGUUUUUCAAUAAGGGACCCCAACCCAAUGUGGGAUGUUAUUGUGCUCUAUCAUUCAGCGUCACAUUGAAGGCAGAACCAAACCCAUAUUUCACAUGUCUGGCGAGGUGACUGUAUGCUGAACUUAAACUGAACCGCUUCGCACGGCCCUUCACUGUAGCAACUAUUACGCUGUGGUAAGCCUCAGAGCGUUGAAAGCGUUGAAGUUGCACGUGGCAUACAGUUCUUGCACCAGUGCAAGGGUUAGCAUUCAUGCUGUGUAUAGUGCAUCUUCGCAAUAGACAGUUGCCUUGGUAACUUGCUAUUGUACAAAGCUUUAUGAUAGACAGACUCCCAGUUUUAGGAGCCAGCUCGCUGUGGAAUAAUCCCUAUGUCAACCGGAAGUUGCUCCUGGGCACUCCAUAGGGAAUCGCAUCACGAUUAGUGGAUUUCUACUUUAGUGACGUGCAUGUCUGUACAUCGACCACUGAGCUUGUCCACGGUUCCAGAUGCCCACUGGAACAAGUCCAGUCCUGGUGAGUCAGUCGCUGGUCUAGUGCACUUUCUUUUGGCUGGGUUCAGGUUUGCCACUUUGCACAAAAUACAUGAGCUAGCCCCCAAUUGUAGUGGCCGUUUCAUGCCACAGUUUAGUUUUGUUAAAUUUUCCAUUUGAAGUGACAUGUAACUUCAUUUUGUGAGCUGAUAUUUUGUCUGCAAUGAGAGUUACAGUUGCCACUUUUCAUUGGUAUUCAUUAAACACUCAAUGUAAACUUGUACAUCGGUUUGACAUUAAACCAUUUAAAAUCAGGUUUUUCAGUUCAACUUGUAAUUAAUUAUUUUUAUUUUAACUAAAGUUGAGUAAAAUGUAACUGGUUUUGUGACAUAUGUCAGCUCUUCAACCCAUUGCCUAGUAGAACCAGAUUUUUUGCCUGUUGACCAUCUUCCAUGUAUAUCAGUUACCAAUGUCUUAUUUCCAAAUGAUCCACAGUUAAUUGGCUAGAAAAUAAUGUAUAUUCAUCUCCAGCAAAGUCUCAAAUUUAUGAAAUGGCUUGCAUAAGUCUCUUUAACGAGCCAGUGCUGUAUUUUCAAAAAGCAACGCCAUUCGAGAAAAACGCAUGUACCAUAUUGAAGUUGGCUCAUGGCUGUGCUGAUAAGGCAUUCUCACGCGUGAGCAUCUUGCCGUUCCUGAAUGACGUUGGAUGCCUUUCAUUUUAGGCAUGUGCUGUUGCAAAAUUUGAACAAGCUCAUUUUUGUGCGAAUAAGCAUUUGCAGAACUGGCGUGACGUGUGGUUUGUCCGAGCUGCAUUAUGGUAUCCGCCUCUAGCAAAAGCACCCCCUCGUCGGUUGAAAAGAACCACGCUGGUUGAGGUGUUCAGUUUAUUGGUAGUGAUGUGAUCGUGACGUGCAUUUCUUAGUCAUUCGUGAGCCAGCGAAGUUCAGUUCCGACCACGGGAGCCUCUGUUGCCAAGAAAAUAGCGUCCUCUCCUGCUAUGGGCUUAUAAAACAACUGAAAACUCGCACACUGGGAAAACUCAGGCAUCCAAUGUGAAAUUGAAUUGUAACUGUCAUUUCUUUGGACAGGGCAGUAGACAAAAUAAGAACUGAAGUGAAAUUUAAAGUUCUCUCUCAAUAUCAUGAUUAGCGGUACAUGUUUAUUUCACGUUAUCAAUUGGUAAAAACAAAAUAAGGAAUCUAUGAAAGUGAACGUAAGAUGAGAAUCCAAAGAACGCAUGGAAUGACAAACUAAAAUGGGGAACUUACCAAAUGCGGUAACCAUUUAAUCUGACUACAUUCGAGAUCUAUUGUUCUCAUUUCUGUGAAUAUUACAUCUUAUCACUUUCUCAGAUACUUGGCCCUCCUGGUGAUUUCUGAUUGCUUGAUUGCUUUCAGUUUGUUUUUGAACAGAAAAAUGAGAGAAUUUGAUGUGAGAUUUAAAUAUAUAUAUCUAGAAACCAUAUAUUUAGGCAUGAUAUAUAAUGUUGGCACAACAGACAACAUGGAUCUUCAAACUUUUAACAGAUAAGAUGAAAAUUAAGUGAAUACUGAAAAACUUGAUCAGAUCUUUGUAUCCACUUGGUAAGCACUUUACCUAAUCAUUGUUACGGCCAACUGUCCCAUAAAAUGAUGGCUAAUUUUUGUAAAUAUGUAUCUUUGAAGUACCACUUGCACAAACAGUGAUGUUUUUACUAUGCAUAUCUCUCAUAGGACAAGGCAUUGUAUUUUCUGUUUUUAAUAUAAUAUUAAACUUUCAUAUUGUAGGACAGCUUA